GAAGAAUUAAAGGACUUUGAAGCAAAGUUUGUUUUGAUUACUUAUCUCAAUUUACCUCAAACUCUUUGAGGGUAUUUGAGUUAUUUAUUUUAAUAUAUUAAUUUCUUUAAAAAAUUCACUUGUAAAUAGUGCCUACCGAAAUUUUCCAUUUUUAAUAGUUAUUCGUGACAAAACAUAGUUGAUAGAUUUAACAUUUGGUUAAAAGUGUUUUUUGUUUUCUAAUUCAGUGUUCUUCAACUUCUUAACAUAAAAUCAUGUGGUUAAUUACUUUUGCAUUGGUAGGUGUGUUCUAUUUUUAUUGGAAUUUUAUCCGACCAUUAAAUACAUGGAAAAAUUAUGGUAUCCCAUAUAUUAAAGGAUGGCCUUUGGUGGGAAACUUUUUAAAAAAUGCUUUGAAAAGAGAAUCUUUUGGUGAUGCAGUUAUUUCCAUGUAUAAAGCUUUUCCAAAUGAACCAUAUUGUGGAUCUUUUGUAUUUUCUGCACCACGGUUACUGAUUCGUGACGCGAAUUUACUAAAGGAUAUUGGGAUCAAAGAUUUCGAUCAUUUUACGGACCACACAAAAAUAUUUUUUGGCGAUGGUUUCGAUCCUAUAUUCGACAAAAACUUAUUUUCAUUGGACGGACAAAACUGGAGGGAUAUGAGGGCAACUUUAAGUCCAGCAUUUACUGGCAGUAAAAUGCGUGGUAUUUUUGUUCUAAUGAAUGAAUGUGGAAAUCAAUUAGUGAACUAUCUAAAUGACAAAAUAAAAGCAGAAAACAAUCAAAAACAUUUAGAAUUGGAAUUAAAGGAUUUGUUCACUAGAUUUACAAACGAUAUAAUUGCAACCACAGCUUUCGGUAUUAAGGUUGAUUCACUUAAAGAACCAGAAAAUAAAUUUUAUUUAAUGGGUCGUGAGGUCACUUACUUUUCAACUUUUCGAUUUUUCUUAAUGAAUUUUAUACCAACAAUCAUGAGGCUUUUAAAUAUAGGAGUAUUAUCAAAAGCGGCUUGUGACUAUUUCCGGAAUUUAGUUUUCCAAACUAUUAGUAUGAGAGAAACUCAAAAAAUUGUACGUCCCGACAUGCUUAACAUAUUACUUCAAGCCAAAAAUGGUCUUUUAAAAAAUGAUGACAAAGGUGAUGAUAAUGGAGGAUUUGCCGCUGCUACUGAAGGAAAAGUUGGAGGAAAAAUUAGAAAAUUGACCGACGAAGACGUAACAGCACAAGCAUUUAUAUUCUUCUUAGCAGGUUUCGAUACUGUCUCCACAGCUAUGUGUUUCAUAGUUUAUGAGUUAGCUUUAAAUCCUGAUAUUCAGGAACGUCUUUAUUCAGAAAUCAAUGAUGCACUUGAUGGAAAUCCCAAUGCAGAAGUCACUUAUGAAACACUUCAUAAAAUGAAAUAUUUAGAUAUGAUUAUUUCUGAAAGUUUACGAAAAUGGCCUCCAGCGGUUUUCAUUGAUAGAGAAUGUACGAAACCAUACCGGCUAAAAGCUAAUAAUGGUAAAGAAAUUAUGAUACCAACAGAUAUGGGUAUAGUCAUACCUAUAAUGGGCAUUCACCGUGAUCCAAAAUAUUAUCCUAAUCCAGAAAAAUUUGAUCCAGAACGAUUUAGUGAUGAAAAUAAGAGUAAAAUUAACAUGAACGCAUAUCUUCCGUUUGGUGUUGGACCCCGAGUUUGUAUUGGUUCUAGAUUUGCAUUAAUGGAAACCAAAAUUCUUAUUGUACAUUUGAUUAGAAAUUUUGAAGUCAUUCUAACAAGCAAAUCAACAGUUCCACCAAGAUUAUCAACGCAGUCAUCUAAUAUGGCUAUUGAAAAUGGCUUUAAUGUUGGAUUAAAGCCUAGAAACUUUUGAUACAUUUUAAUCUAAAAUAAAACUUGUAAAUACAACUAGGAUUAAGGAUCAUUUGUAAAUAUUUUUGUAUGUUUAUUAA